GUGUGUAUUCUUUUCUCACAUUGAAUUUUCUGCCGAUUGGGUACUUAUUCUAUUUCCUUAGCUUCCUAUUUUCCUUCACUGGUAAGGAAUUUAAUUGUUUUCCAGUUUGCUCUCUCUCUCUCUCUCUCUCUCCCUCUCUGAUACAGAAGUUUGGAAAAUGGAGACAACUGAGGUGAAGAAGGAAAGAGUGGUUGCCGGUAGAGGCUUAAUAGAUUUUGUUUUCUCUUGGUCGCUCAAGGAUGUUCUUAAUAGCAAUUUCUAUAAGGGCAAGAUGAUGAAGAUCCCAAUGACAUUUUCGUCGGUAAGAGAAUACAAAAAGUCAUUCAUCCUCCCUCUUUUGGAGGAAACUCAUGCUGAUCUUUUAUCAAGCAUGGCAUCACUCCCUCAAGCACCUUCAUGUGAAAUAAUCUCUGUCAAAAGAAUUACUAAAGAUUAUAAACCUCCAAAAAAUUUAUUUUACAGCGUUGCACUGAAACUGAAAAAGGUGAGGAAAAAUAAUGAAGAAUAUGAAUAUGAACCUCAAUGUGGAGACGUCAUUGCCAUAACAGAUGCAAAACCGAAAUCUCCUGGUGAUCUCCACGGGCGUAAAAUGUCUUAUGUCAUUGCAAUUGUCCUGGUAGCACAAGAAAAUCAUACUAGACUCUCAAUAUUAUCCUCAAGGCCUAUUCUAUUCGUUGAAGAGAAAAUGAAAAAUAUCAAGAGUGGAACUAUGUUUGCUAUCAAUUUGAUAAACCUGACAACGAAUAUUCGUAUAUGGGAAGCAUUGAAAACUGAUGUGGAAGAUCAUAAUCUCAAUAUUAUUCAGCAAGUUCUUCAAACCAAUUUUGCUGAUGUAGAAAACUGUAGUAUAUGUCAACACCAUUCUAAAGAAAAGCGCAGUUCAAUGUACUCAAAUAUGAUUGCCAGAAUCCGCUCUUCGGAGUUUAAUGGAUCCCAAGAAUCUGCAGUGUUAAGCAUCAUAGAUACGAGGGAAUGUCAUCAUCAGAAUUCUGUGAAACUGAUAUGGGGUCCUCCAGGGACAGGGAAGACAAAGACGGUCGGUUUUCUGCUACAUUCUCUUCUUACGAUGAACUGCAGAACACUCACUUGUGCUCCAACUAACACUGCAGUAUUGGAAGUGACAGAAAGGCUUCUAAAGACAGCCAAAAUGUCACUUGAGUAUGGUACAUAUGGUCUUGGAGACAUAGUUUUGUUCGGGAAUGGGGAGAGAAUGAAGAUCGAAGAUCACGAUGAACUUCUCGAUAUCUUUCUUGAUCGUCGUGUUGAUUGUCUUGAAGAGUGUUUCGUAUCAUCAACUGGAUGGAAAGAGAGUUUGAUAUCCAUGAUUAGUUUCCUUAAGCACCCUAAGAGGCAGUAUAGAUUGUACCUGAGAAAUCGAGGAGUGCAAUACUACGAGGAGGACAAGGGUGAGGAGAAUGAGUUGUUGGAUGAAAUCUCUAAAGACAAGAAAGACAAGAAAGGCAAGAAAGUAUUGAAGAAUGUCAUUAUUGAAACCGUAAAAAAAAACAAGGGCAAGAAAAAAGUGGAGGAUACGAUAUCUUUGAAGGGAAAAAACCAAUCCAAGCAUAAAGAAGAAAAGGAAAAGGAACAAGCAGAGGAGGACAAGAAAUGCGAUGGUCCUUUGACAUAUGAGGAGUUCAUGCAGAAGAGGUUUAGUUGCAUUGCUAAAAGGCUGUCUGAUUAUAUUGUGAAUCUGUACACACAUCUACCAACAUCUUUUAUUUCACAACAAACGGUUAAAAAAAUGAUUAGAGUUCUUGAUUCUCUCAAAUUUUCUCAAAAUUUGUUGGAUAAAGAAGUAUUAAGCAGAGAUGAAGGGGGUGGUUGCUUAAAGUUCAAUGUUGCAAGAACAAAGUGCCUUAGUGUACUAAAAUCACUUCCUCAAGAGUUUCCUGUUCCUGAAUUUAGUGACAGUUGGGAUAUAAAAAGAUUCUGCUUGGAAAAUGCAUGCCUGAUUUUCUGUACUGUAUCGAGUUCUGCUAAGUUACAUACAGAAGGCACGAGUAAUCCAUUAGAGCUUGUGGUUAUAGAUGAAGCUGCUCAGCUUAAAGAAUGCGAAUCAGCAAUUCCAUUACAACUUCCUGGUGUCCAACAUGCUAUACUCAUAGGAGACGAACGCCAACUACCUGCAGUGGUCAAAAGCAAGAUAUCUGAAGAAGGAGAGUUUGGACGAAGUUUGUUUGAGAGAUUGGCAUUGUUGGGACACAAGAAACACCUUCUCAAUAUGCAGCAUAGGAUGCAUCCAUCCAUAAGCUUAUUUCCUAAUGAGGAGUUCUAUGAGAACCAGAUUUCAGAUGGUAAGAAUGUUAAAGGAAAAAGUUAUAACCAGUGUUUCCUUCACGGAAGGAUGUAUGGAUCCUACUCUUUCAUAAAUGUUGCACACGGAAAAGAGGAAUUCGGCUACAAUUAUAGUAGGAAAAAUAUGGUUGAGGUUGCUGUGAUAUCUGAGAUUGUUUCCAGCCUCCACAAAAAAUUUAAAGAAACAAAGAAGAAUGUCAGAAUAGGUGUCAUCUCACCAUACAAGGCUCAAGUGUAUGCAAUUCAAGAGAAUCUCAAAAUAUAUAGUGAUGAUGCCAGUAGUGAUUUUGCUGUAAGUGUUCGAUCGGUCGAUGGCUUCCAAGGAGGUGAGGAGGAUGUUAUUAUCAUCUCCACAGUGAGAUGUAAUGGGAAUGGAUCUGUAGGCUUUCUUUCCAAUCGUCAAAGAGCGAAUGUGGGAUUAACUCGUGCAAGGUACUGCCUUUGGGUAUUGGGAAAUGCAGAAACUUUGAUUAGAAGUGGAUCUGUUUGGAAGAAACUAGUCGUUGAUGCUAAGAAAAGACGGUGUUACCAUGAUGCUGGUGAGGAUAAGAAUUUGGCAUAUGCUAUGACAGCUGCAUUGGUUGAUCUUAACCAGCUCAAUAUUUUACUCAACAUGGAUUUACUUUUGUUUCAAAAUGCAAGAUGGAAGGUAUGCUUUGAUGAUGCUUUCUGGAGAUCUAUGGUAAGAGUUAAAAACAAUGAACUGUGCAAGCAAGUAUUUUCUAUGUUAGAAAAGCUUUCGAAUGGCUGGCGUCAACCUCACAAGGGAAGAAAACGUAUCGUUCAUGAUAAGAUUUCUUCCGAAUUGUUGGAGCAUUACAAGGUCAAUGACCAACUCUACCUUGUUUGGACAAUAGAUAUUAUACAAGAAAAUUCAAGUCACAUUCAGGUUUUGAAGGUUUUGGAUAUUCUACCAUUAUCAAAAAUAGCAGAACUAGCAAAGCAGCUCGAAAUAUUAUUUGAAAGCUAUGAGUUGGAUAAGAUUAAACACUGCAAGUACAAAUGUAGUGAAGGGGAUUUGAUUGUUCCGAUGAGAUGGUCAGUCCCGAAUGUCUCUGCUAAAGCCUAUCGUGUGAAGUACUUGCUGUCGGAAUCACUGGCUGCACUUAGUCUAAGUGAUGAUUAAUGAAGAACCUUCAACGACAACUAAUAGGGGUGAGUAACUAUUUCACAAAUUUCAAGUAAAAAUGUGAAUAAUUUCAUGCCGGGUAUAGGAAUUUUGAAACUCUGCUUCAAUCCAUACAACUUUUUUACCCCCUUACAUAUAUCUGCACCUUUUCAUUUGAUUUCAUGGUUUUAGAUUGUGAGGACCCCAUAACUAGGAUUGUGAAAGGGUUAGUGAUAUAUUUGUAAGUCCCAAAUGAGCCACUUUUCUGAUAUUUACUAAAUCAAGAUGGGAAAGAUUUCAUAUGAUGACUAAUGGGAAAGAAAUUCUCUGAAAAAGGA